UCUUGCUCGAUAAAAUUGAAUCCAUCGUAAAACAAUUAGAUGAGAAACCUAAUCGAUCUGAAGUGGAUAAAAGGCUCAUUCUUGGUUUUCAAGCAGCUCGAGACAAAAUGCUUAAACAUUAUAAGAAAAGCAACUGGAUUUAUUGUAUCUCUUUAAUUUUAGACCCAAGGCAUAAGGCUCAGACUUUUAUCAUGACGUUAUGGGGAAAGUAAAUUAAAACAGAAAGCCUGCGAAAAUUUAAUGAACUUUAUAAAGAAUAUAAAACUCUACACUCAAUGAAUAAAUCUCUAGAAUCACCAAGAAAUGAAAAGAAAGUAUCUGAAUAUAAUGAAGAUAAAGACUUAAUAGACUUUGUGAAACUGUAUGAAUGCUCCUCGACUUCAUCUGGAUCUUAUCAUAAAGGGUUAGUUAUUGACGAGUUGGAGGAGUACCUAAGUAAACCCAGAACCGCCAGCUCCGAAGACAUUUUAGAGUGGUGGAGGACACAUGAGACAGAAUAUCCGACUUUAUCGAAGAUGGCCUGUGAUGUUCUUUUAAUACCAGCAACUUCAGUACUUGUUGAGAGAUUAUUUUCUAAAGCAUCGUUAGUAAUUAGAAAACAUAGAAAUAGGUCAAGUGAUGAGUUAGCCAGAUGGUUACUUUGUAUUAAUUCUUGGUCAAAGGAAUAAAUAUAAAGUAUCAGUAAUGUAAAAGUCUAUUGUGCACUGUAUUUUAUUUUUUAUUCCAUUUCAUAUAAGGUGAGGGCCCAUCAAUCCCUUUCUAGACAAAUAAUGUUCUUUAAAUUACAGUCAAGUUUAUGUUAUUAAUUUGGUAGUUUUGUUUUUUAACCAUGUUUGUGCAUACGUAAGCU